UAGAGUGACGAAAUCUAAUAGACAAUAGAUGGUCUCUUGAUAUCGAAUUGUCAAAAAUAUUCCAAAUAAUGAUUGCAUCCAAUUUUCGCAAAUUGGUGUGAAGAUUCUCUCUUUGAAAAUCGAUUUGGAAGUUUUCCUCUUUCGCUUAUUUCUCCUUUGAGACACAGGCACUGCAGAAAUUUUCCUUGGGGGAAUAGCUGUCGUGUGAUAAAUUAUCAUUGACCAAUAGCCGGCCAUUUGAAGGAAGCCAAUCAUUAUCCGAUGAUUCUCAUGCCCACGAGUAAGAUCCUAUAUCAAUAUUCUAGCAUGACUCAACAUUAUCAACAUGCAAUUUUCUAAAUUAGUUGAAUUCUCCAUGGUUUUAUAACUUGAGUACCUCAUUUCUAGGGUCUAACGAAGCAACAAAAAAAUAUGACAAAUGACUCCAGUUAAACAUACAAUAUUUAUGUCUCUCCUGAAGAGAGACGGCGCCCGUUUUCGUCAAUGUAAUAUAUCAGACAGUUUAUAAAUCAAUAAUACUACGAAUCUGUUUAUAUUUAUUCUAAGAGUCCAAGAGUAAAAUCCUGCUAUAAAAAGUGCAGUGGGAAAAUUAAUUCUAGCAUUCACAGUAACGUACAUCUGUGAGAAACUUCCCAAGAUGCCGUUUGCUUUAUUUGAAGUUUAACCAGAGUAAACAAUAAGAAUUAAGUACUUGGCCAGAUUUAUCAACAACAGCAAUACGACUGGCCAAAGUACAGAAAGCGGGUGAGACUCAUUCUGAGAAUUUCAAAGUGGGACAUCUCUCGAACACGUGAAAGUUGAUUGGUAACUUCAGCGAUGCCAGAAGGACUUUGUAAGGUGGUUUGGAGCAGGAGGACUGCCGCAAUUUACAUUUUAGCUUCUUGUCACCUUUUAAGCGUUGAACUGGCGACGACUCAACCUUCCCUAAGCACGAAGCCAUCAGCUUCACAUGCAAAGCUUGUGAGAAGCAAAGACACUCAAGCUGAUAGAAUGAAGGCUGGUGAAAUCGUAGAGGAAACCCAUGGUAUUUACGAAAUAUUGAAAUCCACUCCAGUUACCCAAGCUUCAACAACAACAACAGCAAUGACUUUGUCCACAGUUCCAGCAAAAGUCGAUACCACACCUCUACCUGCAUCUACAGGAGGCUCUGGAACAACGUCUGUCGAGCCAAGUAACAAAGACCUAACGGUAACAAUACCUAUCGUGACGUCAUAUUUCGUUAGCACGUCAUCGGUGGUAAAACUGCAGAUUACUUCAAAGUCUACAGUUGUUGAUUACGUAACCCCGAAAAGAGAAAAAGGAGUGACAUCUCAAAACGAAUGGAAAGCAUCAUCUUCACCCAAGCGAGUUAUGAGUUCAUCCGAGGGUUUGGGAAUAAAGGCAUCAAAAGCUGGUGAACACAAAGGUUCUUCUACGGCUAGCUCAGGUCUGUCAAAACAAAUCAGUUGGCUUACUCCGGUCAAGAAGGAAAUACCAGUUUCUCCGGUGUUUGAAAUCAUGGUUUCCCCAAGCCUGAAGAAACAAGUUAGCUCCCCUCCAUCACCCUCAACUCAAAGCAUGCAGCAAAGGGCAUCUCUGUCAACUUUGAGAAACGAACCUUCCUCAUUUUCUAGUAAACAAGCUUCGUCUUACAGUAAAUCUUCGCUGGUAAAAAUAUCUCGAAGCGAUUCAAUUCCUUCUGCAUCCUCAGUCGUGAGGCUUUCACGUAAUAUGGAAAUCAAUACCACUUUUGUUGUUCUAGAAAAAUUAAACUCCUCUUUACCAUUUUCGUCUUCAAUAAAAAUACCGAUGUCCUCACAAGUCAAAGACGAAUUUACCCCAUCGAAAGUACUAGAUUUAAAGACAUCUUCUAACCUCAAGGAACGAGCUCCUUCAACUUCAAAGAUAUUAAUGUCUUCAUCAAGACUAACUUUGUUCUCUCCAGCAAAUAUAAGCACGUCUUCACCUUUAGUUACAGAAAUAACGACCUUAGUUUCCACUGUGGCAAUUUCUCAAAACGUAAGCAUUAAUAAAUCCCUAAACCAGAGCCAGGAGUCAAUGUAUUCUCAAACAAAGGAAGGUACGAAAUCAUAUCAAGCAGUGGAAACUGUUACGUCUUCACACCUAAAAAAAUUCACUACUGCUAACAUGAUAGGAACUACCACGUAUGUAACAGUAGAACCAUCGCCAUUGAAACUGUCACCUCAAGCGUCAAGGCAAAAUACAUCAUCUUCAUUGCUACAGUUACAAGACGACUUGAUGACAUCAUUGAAACCUAAGAGUACUAUCAUGUCCUCCCAAGUCAUCUCUUCUCCAUGGAGGGAGACUACGCUGUCUUCCAAUAUGGAUAAUUUGGUUACUUCCUCUCUCCCUAUGACCGCCAGAGUUCUAUUAUCAUCCACACCUGAAGGGGAGGCGGCAAAGGCGAGUUCGCAGUCCUCAACUGAGAAUAGUCCGACGUCGGAAGCGAAUGUCCCUGUCACAAAACCAGUCAAACAAACAACAUCGCUUCCAGAACCGCAAACAACACAAAUGAAGACUAAACCAGUAACAGAACACCCAACCAUUCACCACAAUGAAUCCACCCACCACAGCAAGCCCACUCACCAUGGAGAGUCAAAUGACACGCAUAAAAAUGAUAGUGAUCACACCGGCCCGCAUGGCAAAAUGGGUCAUCCUCACGAGCCUUCUGAUGCAGACGCUUUGACUGAAGGGAAUAAAGUUAAUGAGGGCUGGCAGAUUUCUAUUUACAUUGUGGUUUCUCUUAUAAGUGGGAUUAUUGCAUUUGUAAUAGUUAUGGUGGUCAAAAGCAAUCGCCAGAUGAGACACGUCAGAUUACGAGAGAGUCAGCGUAAACGCAAACGCGAGUUGGCAAGAGAAAAAGCCGCCGCACUGAGAGCGAUCAAAACAGAAGAACCAAAGCCUCAUACAGAAAAGAAGAAGGAUGAUAACAGGUUGAGUUUCCUCAAACAUGACCCUGAAGAGUCCAUCCCGCUCCUUGAACUCCAUAUUACAGACGGUGAGGCUCCUGUGCUUAGUGGUCACCUGGAGAAACAGAGACCACAGGACAUCAGAUUUACUGAACCAUCCACCUUUGAUACAGAUACAAAACCACCGAUGGAGGAGAAUGCAAACAUACCGCCUGAAACCCCCACCAUUCAAAUUGCCUGAGGGGGAAGGACAAGAAAUUGUUGGAUUUCUGGGUGUCAUAGAAAUCUCACAUAUAGUUAACAAUUUUUUUAAUAAGCAGCCCUAUCAUUUAAAAGUAAUAAGCUAUUAAAACUAGACGCCAUUUUUUUGUAGAACUUUAAUUUCUUUUCGAUACUCGUUAUGAAAACUUUGACUACCAGAUGAUUGACUGUUUCGUAUUUGUUACAAGGUCUGAUAACAGUUUGAACUGUAUCGGUGAAUUACUUUCACCCAUUGUUUAUAAAUUGUGAAUUUUUAACGUCAAUGUUUUAGCCUCAUUUGGGUGUAUGUUUUAACGAUGUUUUGAUAGUAAGCUUAAAUUAAUAUACCAUCAAAAUUUAAAUCAGAAUUUAACAUUUCAUAGCUUUUUCAAUUAAUGGGCGAAAAGUAUUCACACUGUGAUGCAAAAGAGACUUGAGCAUGUGGAAUCCAAUGAGGUUUGAUUGAAGUCGAAUUGAUCGAAAAGUGAAGUGGAGAUUUACUCUCUGGACUCAAAGACUGUUCCAUUUGUUUCAAAGCAAAAGCUAAACAAGAACAAAGAAAAACGACGGAGACCAUUUUUAUGAAAAUGAUUUUUUCAGAAAGCCACUGACGAAGCAGGGUAGCCUCUGGAUUAUCAAGGUUGUUAGAACAUGAACGCGGUGCUUCCAGAUGAUCACAGUAAUCGCCCUGAGUUCUAUACGAAUUGCCGAGACCGUAACGAUCGUUCGCGUCCUUAACAAUCGUCUGAUGGUCUCAGGAACUCGUCCCAAUCUUCUUUUUUUUCCUAAGUUUUGCUUUGGAAAAGAUAAGCAUCUUUUUCUUUCGUCCUGCACACCGUGACUGUAAAGGUUAGAGCCAAAGCUUUAAAACAAUAACUAUUAUUGCUAAGAAUUACACAUUUAAAUGACGGACUUGUGCUAUUAAUACCUCCUUUGAGCAGCUCAAAAAAUUAAACCUAAAAAUGUUUCUUCAAUAUUUAUCAGCGGCAAAUGCAUAUGUACUUUAGGACACUGUUUUCAAUUUGUACAAAUUUUUUGUGAUUUCAAGAGAAUUCGGCUAAGCAACCUUUAGUCUUGUAUUAAUUACUAAUUUAAUUAUAAAUCAAACUGUUGAAAUUUGAAUUGAACGUUAGUAGUAAGGAUGGUAGUUGGAAACGAUUGUAAUUUUUUGUCAACAAAAUAUAUUCCUCGUGUUUAUGCAAAUAGUAAUUUGGUUCCUCAGAAAUAAAUGAAGAGCUUCAAUCUCGAAAAUUUAUCAA